AUGCCCUCCCGGGUCGAUGAAAAUAUAGAACAUCCAGGUUAUUCUAAAGAGCGCGGCUCGGGGGGUGCAUCAAGCCAGAAAAUGGAGGACGCAAUUGAGCAGCUGGAAAAUGUUGCCUCCAUCUCACCAAAGCAGCGACACACCAGCGUCGCCGACCUCGCGAAAUCGAUUGCGUCCAAUGCUUACGAGUCAGGCAUUCCAACUCACCUGCUGGAACGUCUAAUUACUAUCAUCUCAAAAUCCAAACAUCUAGACCAAAGUACCAUCACGACUAUAGUCAAAAAUCUCUACCCAUCCGAGCGUGUGCGCCCUCGCACCGUCUCAAUGGUCAUCUCCUGCUUCGGACCAAGCAGAAACAAGCCAUCGCCUGCAACCCAGGCCCUAUUGCUCCGUUGGCUAAUUCUAGUGUACGAUGAUAUGGAUGAUCAAUCGUAUUUGUCAAGAUUCUAUGGUGUCUUGUUUAAUUUCCUGGACAUGAUCAGUCUACGCAGGUCACUAUGUCAUCUCCUGUCGUUAAUCUCGCGUAGGAAACACAUAAAACCGUUCCGCAUCCAGGCGCUAAUGGAACUAAUGAGAAACACCGGUGGUGAAGAGCGGGAGCUUCUAGGCCUGAUGAAGGUUUUCAAGAGCUAUUACCCCGACAUAAUUAUCGGGGAUACCUACGCGUCAACGGGGCGAGCAACUUAUUUCUUCAAACAUCCCGAUCCGGAGUGGGUCAAGCAGAUGAGACAUGUUCAGGAGAGAACUGCUGCUGCUGGAAUGACAAAUCCUGGUCAAAACGUUCCUCAGACGUUUCAAGUUGUGCGGCGCGGUGAGGUGAAGAGGAGUCGAAUUGAGGUUGUUAUCCCUGUCGUGCAGACGUCGCGGGUCAAGAGCGACUUCACGUCACUGGAGGAAAUACGAAGUGCAAAUGAUUUCGUGCAGAAAUUGGACAGGAUCGAGAUGCCCAACCAAGUUGCUGCUGCGUUAGCGGAUCCGCUUGCGCAAAGGUAUUUGGUGUUCGUCAGGAAUGAAGGGGCGACGCGGCGGUUGGAGAGUUGGUUGGAUAGCUUUUUCGAGGACGAAGUGGCUAGAAUACAGGCAAGGGAGGAAGGAGAUGACGAGGGGAAUGACCCAGAGCAUCUUGAAUAUGUGCUUGAUGUCCUUAUUGGGUUUGUGCGGUUUACAAAAAGCAUGCCUCAAGCUGUGGAUAAGUUUUUGCGCAAGUACCUCCUCUCCUGGAACGGUCAUGACAGCCGAACUGCCAUCCUGUCGCUCCUGGAGUAUAUACCCAUACAGGACUACAAUACCCUUCGACAAAAUUACUUCAUUCCACUAGAAAAGGCUAUUCUAACUGAUCAACGCGAAACGAAAAUUCUUAUACUUCAAUACUAUUCGUCUUUAAUCCAACACUGGGGUUCUGUAAUCCGCGCCACUCCCUCUCUGUUCCCUGUACCUCCUCUGCCCCAGGUCAUUGGCAGGGCGGAACUCCUUGCCCUAACUAUCCUUGAGAGUCCGCAGGGACCCAAGGGGAACGGAACGAAUCCAAAGAUAUCCGGGACAUUGGCGGUACUUCGCUUUUAUACCGAUCUUGCAGAGCUUUUCCAUCAUGCGUCCACGAAUGGCAACAUACGCAUCGUGGUCCCGCAACCUCAAUUAAUAUAUAUGCUUACGUUCACACCGACCCUAAGCCAUCUAUCGACGAUAUGUUCUGUUUUGGCGAUGUUUAAACAGUCCUUUGAAACCUCACUCAAAUCACCUACACUGCAAAGCAACGGAUCGCUCGAACAAUCAUAUCCAACAGAAGUAGUUUCUCGGUUUAAUGGUUACGUGAUUGAUAUUUGCAAUCUGUUGUGGCGAAACAGAGGUUUAAACUCGGACGAUCCUAAUGCCUUGGGCUGCAUUAUUCCAGCUUUAACGGUAAACAAGCUUUCGCAGUAUAUGCAGGCGCUCAAUGAAAGGCCAAGUGGUGGCGGUGAAGAGCACAAAUAUCAAAUUUCCUCUGUAUUCUCAUUAAGUCAAAAUGUCGCAUUUUGCAAUGUCUCCUCUGCGUGUUUUAGGGGGAUUGAAGAGUCGAUAGUAAACACCCCAGGGAAAUCCUUGUCCGUGACACUGACACGGCCCGUGACGCAAAAGGCACUAGCUGCGCUACAUAAAGACGGAGGGAUAAGGAUAAACUGGCAAGAGUACAGAUUAAGGAUGCUUGAAUGGUUGGACGGAAUAGGUGCGGAAGGUGUUGGGAAUCUGAUGAGGAGUACAAUGAAAGCACUGCGGUAG